CUGUCGUCUCAAUGGUAUUAUGGCGUUCCGGCGUUCGCGAUAUGCUCGACUGGGCUCUGCAUUCGCUCGAUAUCUUGCCUGAGGUCUCGCACAACCAGAGGGAUCAAUGUGAACCGGUAUUUGGGAGUCCCUUAUAGCGUCAAUAAAUUUCAAGUGGAUAGAGAAAACAGAUGCUGCUCACAUCUUCCAGUGAAGAUUUGUAACAGAUGGAGAGUUCGUGGUUUCAGAAGAAUUCUUGACAGAGUGGACAGCAAUGGCAUGAAUGAACUGAAAUAUUGA